CCUAAGAUCAAACAAGGACUUCGCAUGAACCUAUAUCAAUUGACGGGAGGUUUCCGUAUUACCGGCUACGUGCAAACUCAGGUCUAUAUUGAGUCGGAACAAGGUCAUACGCUCAAAAUGCUAGCAGAAUGCUACGUAGUUCCCGGGAUGUCCUCUUCCUUGCUACUUGGAGAAGAUUUCCAUGUCAACUACGAGCUAGGUGUCACGCGAAGCUUGACGGAAGGAUCGGCCAUCCAAGUGGGCGACUCCGGUUACUCCAUUCCCGCUUCCUCAGCAGCCCGCAAGGAUCGACCACCUAUCAAGAUCAUAACCAGAGGAGCUGACUCCAGUUUCCAACGUCCUACGGCUAUCGCGACUCAAGACGUGCGAAUUUCGCCGCACUCUUGUCGUCCGGUGCCGGUCCAAGCUUCUUUCCUUGAACACGACUCCUGGUUCGUCGAAAAAACGGUUCUAGGUCAAGCAGACGGUUCCUUCCUGCUAACCACCCCAUCCAUUAUCGACGCCGAGCAUGCCUAUGUAUCCAUCACCAACCCGACUGAACGUCCCGUUAUGGUACGCAAAGGCGAAUCCCUCGGUCUCCUUCACGACCCCGCUUCGCAUUUUAUGGACCACUCCUCGGAUUUGGAA